CUCGUGCAAGUCUGCCCCUCAUGCCCGUCACGCGUGGACGUGCAGCAAAGGCUGCUCACUCAGCGUCUGCGACGCCAACCACCACCGUCUCGCCCGGAUUCAGCGCCGGAGCCUCCAUAUGCUCGACUCCUGAUACCUCCGUCAUGGACGAAGAUGACACAAUCCUCAAGCAAGAUAUUGUCAAGACCACCAAGACUACCAUAGCCAGCAAAAAGCGUGCGCUCGAAGAUGCCUCUGAGGAAGAGGCCCAGACGUCGUCGACCAAGAGAGGGGCUAAGCGCAGAGUGGUUCAGCAAACCGCAUACGUGGAGAUAGCCACCAUGAAAGUAGCCAAGACCUCUGCAUCUGAGGCUACGCUGUCAAGGACCAGGCGUUCAAGUAGAGCUUCCGCCGCAGCCGUCGCUGUCGUCGAAGACUCAGAUAUUGUCGACGAAUCUGAUGACAGCGGUUCUGAAUUUGACCCCUCUGAAGGCGAAGCGGGUUCAGACUUUGCAGACGAUCUUGAUGAGUCUGACGAGGAAGCUCUGGUCGACACCGUCGUCAAGCAGUCCCUGCAGACCGCCCGUGAGGAUCGGGAGCGGGCCGCAGGUCUGGUUAGCUCAGGUGCGGGUUCAUCCAAGCCACGAGCAAAGGCUGCAGCAUCAAAGAAUGGUGGCUCUGGACGUCGUCGUUCAGCGAAGGAAGACGCAGACAUCGAGCUUGACUCGUUGAGCGAGCUCGAGUACGAAGAUCUGUCCGCUCUUGAAUCGGAUGAGUCGGAAGAGGAGCCACUCGCCAACGGCAAAGCCAAGCAAGCGGCAAAGGAAAAGGGCAAGGGCAAGGGCAAAGAAUCCGAGGAGUUCAAGCACUUGACUAAACAGCAGCUGAGAAAGCUGACCAAGGAGGAACGCAAGAUGUACCUUCUUCGGCGAAGAGGCAUCGCCAAGGAAGAGGCCGAGAUGCGUGUCAAGUUGGGACGCAAGUUGACCCGCGCUGAGAAGGCGACUAUUGCACUUCAGCGACAUCAUCCUGAGCUUCGGGAUGUAUGGGGUGAUUUAGAGCGAGGUAUCGAGAUCGUCGUACCCAAGAAGGCUGAGCAGCCGCCGAACUUGAAGGUCCAACUCCUUCCCUUCCAGCUGGAGAGUCUCUCCUGGCUUAGAGAGCAGGAGAAGGGCAUCUGGAGUGGUGGUAUGCUUGCGGAUGAGAUGGGUAUGGGGAAAACUAUCCAGAUGAUCUCGCUCUUGGUUUCCGACUACGGUGCGAAACCGAACUUGGUCGUUGCGCCCACUGUCGCUAUCAUGCAAUGGCGUAACGAGAUUGAGUUGCACACUGAGGAUAUGCUGAAGACGCUCGUCUGGCAUGGUGCAUCUAGGGAGUCCAGCAUCAAAGAGCUGAAGAAGUACGAUGUUGUCUUGACAUCUUACGCGGUCUUGGAGAGCUGCUUCCGCAAGGAGCACAGCGGAUUCAAGCGCAAGGGCAAAAUCAUCAAGGAAAGGUCGCCGCUUCAUGCCAUUGAGUGGAACCGGGUCAUCCUUGACGAGGCGCACAAUAUCAAAGAGCGGUCUACGAACACCGCGAAGGCGGCGUUCGAACUGCAAGCAAGGUACCGCUGGUGCCUGUCUGGUACCCCGCUCCAGAAUCGUGUAGGAGAGCUUUACAGUCUUGUCCGCUUCUUGGGUGGUGAUCCAUUCUCGUACUACUUCUGCAAGUCCUGCGACUGCAAGUCCCUGCACUGGAGCUUCAAGGACAAACGUUCCUGCGACGACUGUGGGCAUAGUCCCAUGAAGCAUACCUGCUUCUGGAACAACGAGAUCUUGACGCCUAUCCAGAAGAAUGGAAUGGUCGGCCCAGGUGCGAUCGCGUUCAAGAAAUUGAAGAUUCUCUUGGACAGGAUGAUGCUGCGUCGUACUAAGAUCCAACGUGCGGAUGACCUUGGGCUGCCUCCUCGCACUGUCAUCAUCAAGCGCGAUUACUUCAGUCCGGAAGAAAAGGAGCUGUACCUGUCGCUGUUUUCCGAUGCUAAGCGGCAGUUCAACACCUACGUCGACUCCGGGACCGUCCUGAACAACUACUCAAACAUUUUCAGCUUGCUCACGCGUAUGCGUCAGAUGGCUUGUCAUCCAGACCUUGUCCUACGCAGCAAAAACAAUGUCGGUGUGUUUCUUCAGGACGAGACUGGGGAAGGCACUGUCUGCCGGCUGUGCAACGAGUUCGCCGAGGAUGCCUUGCAGGCGAAGUGUCGCCAUGUCUUCGACCGCGAGUGCAUCAAGCAGUAUCUUGAGGCGUCCCUCGAGCCUAUGCCCGCUUGUCCCGUUUGCCAUGUUGCGCUCACCAUCGACCUCGAGGCUCCUGCUCUCGAGUUCGACGAGGCCGCCACCAAGCGUCAGGGUAUCCUUGGGCGGCUCGACCUCGACAAGUGGCGGUCGUCCUCCAAGAUCGAGGCGCUCGUUGAGGAACUGCACAACCUCCGCAAGCAGGACGCAACGACGAAGAGCAUCGUGUUCAGCCAGUUCGUCAACUUCUUGGAUCUGAUCGCUUUCCGGCUACAGAAGGCUGGUUUCACAGUCUGUCGUUUGGAGGGUACGAUGAGCCCGCAGGCUCGCGAUGCCACGAUCAAGUAUUUCAUGAACAACGUUCACGUUACGGUUUUCCUCGUUAGCUUGAAGGCGGGCGGUGUCGCGCUGAACCUGACAGAAGCGUCGCGCGUCUAUCUCAUGGACAGCUGGUGGAAUCCUGCCGUCGAGUACCAGGCCAUGGACCGUAUUCAUCGUCUCGGUCAGCACCGUCCCGUGCAGGCUAUCAAGCUCGUCAUCGAAGACAGCAUCGAGAGUCGUAUCAUCCAGCUGCAGGAAAAGAAGGCCGCCAUGGUCGACGCCACUCUCUCUACUGAUGAUACGGCAAUGGGUCGUCUUACCCCCGAGGAUCUUGGCUUCCUGUUCAGGUUGUAAUAACCUGAGCUUCUACCUGCCGCGCCUCCGGUAGCGCUGCCAUAUACCUGAGAUCUCUUUCCUGUUUGUUCUUCUACUGUACAAUCAUUGACUGCAGACUAAUGUCUUCGUUAUGCUUAUGGCUUCUUAUGGUGAAUUGACUAUGUUUGGGGUUCCAUCCUCGCGUCGGUGUAGAAAUGCUUAUUUGCGUUUGUCGCCCGUCCUGGGAGCUGCUUUCGAUUGCUCCCAUUUCGCUCCAUUACCUCUUUAUGUUGCUGAUACAUUCAGUCAUGUGGCAGCCUGUACUGUUGUCCGUGCGUCAAUGUGCGCUCAUGCAGGGCGUCAGCGCGGUGGAGAACAAGACUAUAUAACUUGGUAAUGUUACAGGAGGUUGGAGGUAGAUUGUCAAAGCAGGAGUUCCAAUGGUAUCACCCAUUCUCUUCCUAAAAUCAUAGGCGGGCAUUCUUGGGGAGCUUCUUGAUGGCUUGGCGCACACCCAGGUCCCCAAGGACAUCCUCGGAUCCGCCCAAGAUGGCGUCGUACGGUGAUGUCCGGUGGUAAUUCUCAACAAGCUUGCCCAUACCGGUCUGAGUGAUACCACGACCGCCGAAAAGCAACGUCGCGUCUUCUGCGGUUUCGCGACCAGUGCGGGUGAUAUACUGCUUCAGAAGACCAAUAGUGCCAGCGAUCUUGUCCGACUGUUCAUCAUACGACAUAUUGUUCAUCUGAUGGGUCACGAACUCCAGCCAGUUUUGUCCACUCUCAACCCUCGCGAUCAUGGCCGCCAACCGUGCCCGCACGACCGCCUGCGUGUUCAGCGGCUUCCCGAAUGCGAUGCGCUGGUUCGUCCACUUCAAGCACUCCUCCACAAUCUUGCGCUGCGCAGCGAUGGAUGUACAGACGAUCAUCCACCGCUCGUGGUUGAAGUUGCUCAGGACGACCUGCAUGCCCUGGCCGACCUUGCCGAGGGUGUUCGCCACUGGGGCCCGCGCGCCGUCAAACGUGACGUAAGACGUGCCUGCCGUGGAGGAGUAGGCGGUCUUGAUUGCCUUGGUCGAAACCGCGUCCUGGCGUGGGACGAGGAUCACGACAUAACCUUUAUCAGUCCGCGCGGCGACGGUGAAGUAGUCCGCAAAAGUGCCGUUCGUGAUCCACUUCUUUGUCCCCGUGAUGACCCACUCGUCACCGUCGAGCUCCGCGUACGUCUGCAGGCCGCCGACGUCGCUACCCGCGAAGGCCUCGCUGAUGGCCAGGCAGAUAAACUUCUUGCCAUCCAGCACCUCGGGGACCACCUUGGCCUGGAGCUCAGGCGAGCCGAAGUUCAGGACGGGAGGAAGGCCGAUGACCUCUCCUGCGAGGAGGCCGUCGACAUAGCCUCGUGUUCCGAGACGACCAAUCUCGUAGUUGACUAUGAGCUCAUGGAAGUGGUCAAAUUCCUCUGGGGUAACGAUGCCGCCCAUAAGCUUGCGACCCUUCAAAUGCUUGCCAGGGCCUAUACGCAUCGCUGGGAUGUUGUUCUCGCAGAGCUUUUCCACGACCUCCUGAGAGAUGCGCUUCCCGUACUCCUCGCACUUGACGGCAUCCGGGAGCACGACCUCCUCGAAAAACUUGCGCACAACCUUCUGGAACCGCCUGUGAUUGUCGUUGUAGUACGGGCUGUGGAAACCAGGCGAGAGCCAUGCGGGCUCGGCAUAGGGGACGCUAGAGAUGUCUCCGGGAACGGUAGCCUGGACGAACUCCUUCUGACCAGCAAUGGUGCCAAUCUGCAACCUUGCGUACUGUGGCCGGAGAAGGACUUCAUGCCGGUGCAACCCGAAGAACGCUUCUGUCGCAUCCUUUCCGGCAACAUUCUUCGUGAGUAGGACGCCUACGCCGCCUGGGUGCAGGUUGGCAAAUUUGGAGAGAUCAUAGACCUUGGAGUCAAUGAUGAUCCACAAGUCCCCUGCCUUGUUGUGCUGAGCAACUUCCUCCGCUGUGAAUGUCUUCCCUGCCAUACUUCCUUCGGAGCCUAUCCAAAGACUUCCGGUAUGUUCCAAGUGUCGCGGAGUGCAACUCAGAAAGCUAGAAUAGUGUUCAGGAGCUGGUCGACAGAGUCCAAGGCAGCCAAAGCC